AUGAAUGGUUUCAAGCGCUCUGAAGCUGAUCAUACGCUGUUCACUCUCCGCACUAACGGUGGCCACGUCGUCGUUCUCGUCUAUGUAGAUGACAUCAUUAUCACCGGUGAUGAUAAGGACAGUAUUUGUGCCACUAAGGCUCUUCUUAACUCUACCUUUGAUAUUAAGGAUUUAGGUAAGAUAGGAGCUAAACCGGUGUCAACGCCACUUGAGGAAGGUCACCAGGUCAAGCGAAAGGGGGAGAAGCCAACACACGGUGCUCCAGUUAACAAGUUGCACGAACCAUACAAAGAUGUGGGACGCUACCGUAGGCUGGUGGGAAAGCUUAUCUAUCUCACGAUCACGAGGCCGGACAUAUGCUAUGCGGUGAACCAAGUCAGCCAACACAUGAAGGCUCCAACGAACUUUGAUUGGCAAACGCUCGAGCGGAUCCUAUGUUAUCUCAAGGGUAGUCCAGGACAAGGCAUUUGGAUGGGAAAGAACAACAACACGGAACUUGUCGGCUAUUGUGAUGCGGACUACGCGGGUGAUACAAUAGAUAGGAGGUCCACGACAGGGUAUUGCACAUUCAUUGGAGGGAACCUAGUAACCUGGAAGUCGAAGAAACAGAAAGUUGUGUCUCAAUCAAGUGCCAAGUUGGAAUAUAGGGCUAUGAAGAAGCUAACCAACGAGCUCACAUGGCUCAAAGGCCUCCUUAAGGAUCUUGGAGUAGAGUCUGAUCAACCAAUCACCAUGCAUUGUGAUAAUAAGGCGGCGAUACACAUAGCAACCAACUCGGUCUUCCAUGAGAGAACUAAGCACAUUGAGGUAGAUUGUCAUAAGGUGCGAGAAAAGAUUAAAGAAGGGGUAGUCUUACCGUGUUACACUCCAAGCAAAGACCAAUUGGCCGACAUCUUCACCAAGGCUACUAGUCAUCAAAUUUGCAAAUACAUCUCCAGCAAGCUUGGACUAGUAGACCCUACACAUCCGUGA